AUGCAAUCUGAAUUAGAUUUAUUAGAAGAGAAAACUAAGGAAUACAUACUAACUAAACUUAAAGCUAAGAAUGUAGAACUUAUGGCUGAGAAAGCUAAUCUUGAGGCUAAAAAUGCAGAAUAUAUAAAGCUUAAGGAUGAGACUACAAAGCUUAAAAUCGAGAAUACCAAACUUUUAAAACAAGUUAUAGAGAAAUAUGCUAAAAAUAAGGUUGAUAUAAUAAAAUUAAAAACUAAUUUGCAGUAUCUAAUCCUCUCUGAGUAUAUUAAGAUGACAAUUUUUGAGCUUGAAACAAGGAAUGCAAUAUUAAGACUAAUUAUAGAAGAAUUUGUGAAAAAAUCAGAAUAUAGCUAUCUCAUAACUGCUUUUGAUAAGAAAAAUUACAAAUUCCAAACUAAAUAUAUUCAAAUAGCUAAGGACCUUCUUAAUGAAAACCAAUAA